AUGGCAUUCUCAUACUGGAUCGCUGCUUCUUUGGCGACAACUGCUGCUGCCCAGUAUUUCCCGCCUACGCCCGAAGGAUUGAAGGUGGUUGAAUCGAAGCAUCACAAGGGUGUCAAGAUUUCAUACAAAGAACCUGAAAUUUGCGAAACUACACCGGGCGUUAAGUCGUACUCUGGAUACGUUCAUUUGCCUCCAGGGUCCUUGGACGACGUGCACGUCGAUCAAAAAUACCCCAUCAAUACUUUCUUCUGGUUCUUCGAAUCUCGCCAUGAUCCAAAGAAUGCGCCUCUAUCUAUUUGGAUGAAUGGCGGACCAGGAAGUUCCUCCAUGAUUGGUCUCAUGCAAGAAAAUGGACCCUGCAAGGUGAACGCGGAUUCUAAUUCGACGGAAUUGAACCCCUGGUCAUGGAACAACUACGUAAAUAUGCUGUACAUUGAUCAGCCCAACCAAGUCGGGUUCAGCUAUGAUGUACCGACAAACGGUACCUUUGACCAAGUGAACGGCGGUUGGAACCUGUCCGACUGGACCCACGGAGUGCCCGAGCAGAACAACACUUUCUACGUCGGUACGACAGCCAGUAAUAAGAAAACUGCGACAGCAAACAGUACUGAGAACUCUGCACGAUCUCUCUGGCACUUUGCGCAGACUUGGUUCAGCGAGUUCCCCGAAUACAAGCCUCAUGAUGAUCGGGUCAGCAUUUGGACCGAAUCCUACGGCGGUCGCUAUGGCCCGUCUUUCACAGCUUUCUUCCAGGAGCAGAAUGAAAAGAUUACCAACGGCAGCAUCACUAACCCGGAAGACUCGCACUACAUCCACUUGGAUACCCUUGGUAUCAUCAACGGCUGCGUGGAUCUUCUAGUGCAGGAGCCCUCUUACAUCCAGAUGGCCUACAACAACACCUAUGACAUCCAAACCAUCAACAAGACCAUCUACGACCAAGCCAUGCACGCCUGGAGUCGGCCCGGUGGAUGCAAAGACUUGAUCACAGAGUGCCGAGCGCUGGCCGCAGAGGGUGACCCUCAGAUGUACGGCACCAACCAAACCGUCAACAAAGCAUGCCAAAAAGCCGACAGCUUCUGCAGCAACAGCGUCGAGGGUGUGUACCUGGAAUACGCAGACCGUGGCUACUAUGACAUUGCACAUAAAAAUCCAGACCCAUUCCCAGCGCCGUACUUCCUCGGCUGGUUGAACCAGCACUGGGUCCAAGGCGCGCUGGGCGUUCCAAUCAAUUUCACUGAAUCCAACGACGGCGUCUACUACGCCUUCUCCUCUUCGGGAGAUUACCCGCGCUCAGAUGUUCACGGCUACCUCGAAGAUAUCGCCUACGUUCUCGACUCCGGCAUCAAAGUUGCCCUCGUCUAUGGCGACCGUGACUACGCCUGCAACUGGAUUGGCGGUGAAGAAGUCAGUCUGCUAGUUGAACACGCCGAAGCUGCCAAUUUCCGUGAUGCAGGCUACACCCCUCUUCGCACGAACUCCUCUUACGUUGGCGGUCAAGUCCGCCAGCAUGGAAACUUCUCCUUCACCCGGGUCUACGAAGCUGGCCAUGAAGUCCCAGCUUACCAGCCAGAGACUGCUUACGAGAUCUUCUACCGUUCCCUUUUUAACCGUGAUCUUGCUACUGGUAAGAUCAAUACUGCUUGCAAUACCUCCUAUGCCACGAAUGGUCCGUCGUCCACCUGGGAUAUCAAGAAUGAGGUUCCUGAAAGUCCGGAGCCGCUUUGCUACAUCCUUUCUCUUGGCGCAACUUGCACUGAUGAGCAGAUUAAGGCUGUUGAAAAUGGCACUGCGCUCAUUAAGGAUUGGGUUGUUGUUGAUGAGAGGUCUUAG